AUGAAGUCCUUCGCUCCUCUCACCACUCUCUCCCUGGCGCUGGCCGCAGUGGGCAAUGCCACAAGCGCCUCUUCCUCCGAGGCCCUUACCAAGCGCGCCGACUUCUGUGACCAGUACGGCACUGAAGAGCAGGGCAGCUACAAAGUGUACAACAACAUCUGGGGCCAGGAGUACGACACAUCAGGCAAACAGUGCACCGGCGUCGACUCCCUGAACGGCAACACGAUCGCCUGGCACACCUCCUGGUCGUGGGGCGGCUCCAAAACCCAGGUCAAGAGCUAUGCCAGUAUCGGUCUCGAGUUCACUGCCAAGCAGCUGAGUGCCGUCAGCAGCAUCAAGUCUAGCUGGGAGUGGAGCUACUCUAACACCGACGUGGUUGCUGAUGUCGCCUACGACAUGUUCCUCAGCUCCACCGCUGAUGGAAGUGAGGAGUAUGAGAUCAUGGUCUGGCUCGCUGCUAUGGGCAAUGCUGGCCCGAUCUCUACCACCGGCUCCCCCAUUGCCUCUGUCACCAUCGGCGACAUCCCCUUCAAGGUUUGGAAGGGACCCAACGGCCAGAUGACCGUUUACAGCUUUGUUGCCGAGUCUACCGUUAACAGCUUCUCUGGUGACAUGCUCGAAUACUUCACCUACCUUAUCGAGAACCAGGGCCUCAGCUCCAGUUUGUACCUGAUUAAUGUCCAGGCUGGUACUGAGCCCUUCACUGGCAAGGCUGACAUGGAUACCUCCGCAUUCUCUAUUGAGGUUGUUUAA